AUGAUUCCUUCAACUACCAGUGCUUUGCUGCUAGCUCUCGGCGUCACGCUGAGCGGCGCUACCAGCAUCCCAUCUGGUAAGCCCAUCAAGCCAACACACGAGAGCUCCAAAGAGAACGCGAACCGCAUCUUCAACGCCAUCCACUCUGCAGGCAGACAAUGGGGGUCUUCUUUGUACCACAAUGGCUUCGGCUUCGUCCCGGCCGUGAUGCCCCGGGGCACGUUGGUCUUCCACGGUGAUCGCAAUAACACGGUGCCAACGGGACCUGAGUGGUUGGCUUUCGAGAUCGAGCAUGCCGAGGGCUUUGCUCAUUCACACAAGGGCACGUCUCGCAGAAUACCUCCCACGAAGCCUCCUGGUGGUGGUGAUCCAGAUGAUCCUAACGGACCGCCUCCGCCGCCACGGGAUGGUGAUUCAGAUGGCCAGAAGCCUCUCUCCGGAGAUGAAGAGACUCGCCAGGAGCUGCGACGCCGCCAUGACGGCCAUGGUCCUAGUGGUGGUCCAGGCGGCCCCGGUGGUGGCCCUCCCGGUGAUGGUGAUGAUGAGAACAAGAACACUCGCGGAUAUCUUCAGACGUAUCAGGCCAACCGCGAUCUGAAGCUGCUCUACAUCGAUGGCACGAGCGCUGGAAAGACCACCAUGGGCACGCUCGACUCACAGGACCUUCUCCUUCGCGAGAAUGCGACCAACCAUAACCAGCCUGGUUUUGACGAAUACCCUCGCGCCCUGGAUCUUUGCGAUUUGGUAGGCGAUUGGGGCUUCGACGGCGUGAUGCGCAUGGAGGCUGGGUUUGAGGUCAUUUACUGCGACUUCAAGGACGGACUUGACCUCAUCAGCAUGACGCGGACCAUGAUGCCAGAAGACAAGGUCGGCGAUGAGUAUCUGGAUGCUUUCCAAUGGGUGAGGGCCGUUGGGGAGCGUUACAACGGGCUCGGCGAUCGAAUUCGAUUUGACUUUUCAUCCAUGGUAUCGGCCUUGUUUUUCCCAGUCAACAUCACGAGUAGCGACAUCGACCGGCCUGAUCUUGUGCGCCUCGAAUCGGUUAGCCUGGAUGACUUGAGGGCCAUCAAGAAGUACCUGGCCAAGGUAGUGACUCAGCCCCGGAGGUUUACAGUCAACUGGCAGGGUGUCAUCGAUCUCAUUGUGAGUCGGUUUGCCCAGAGGCUGAGCUCCAUGGCGUCUGAGUCGCUCCCGUGGCAAUACUUCAUUGACGAGGUCGAGACCAUCACGGCGACCUGGUUUGACGCCGCACCCUUGCCGGAAGACAUUACUCUCUCGAAAAGGAAGGAGAUUAACAGGACCGCCGACGGUAUCGACCGAUGCAGGAACCACUUCCUCCGACCGGCGACAAUAGCCCGGAAGGAGUGGAGCUCCGAAGACGAGCUGAUAUUUACGUCUAUCGACACCGUGAUGGAGAAUGUCUGCAGCACCCUCUUCUCCGUCCGAGAACUCAUCUUCGACGCUUCAUCCAACGCCCUUGCUAGCAACAGUAACUACCAGGCCGUUGAUAUUGACGACGACUCAGGCUUGCAGCAGGCGGCCAGGAUCGGUCGAACAGUGGUACAGCGAUUGAUGGAGGAGCUCAGCUGGACGACCUGGAAGCAGCCACAGCCAUGCCCGGCCGAGGAGGUGCUCUUCAUUGCCAUGUGGCCGUUUGGCAGCAAAAAUGAUCACUGGAACCCAGGUUGUCGGUCGGUUGAUGGACUGAUGCAGUCCCGGUACAACGAAUCGUAUUGGAGGAUGAACUUUGGGGGUCCGGGAGGGCCCCCAGAUGGGGAUAAGCCGAAUGGAGGUAAACCGUAA